UUACUAGUAAUCACCCCAAUAUGUGGCUCAGACGAAACCAGGGCUUUGAACGAUGCAAAUAUUCACGUUGUGGAUGCCUCCCCGUAAAUGCACAUGCAGAAGCUUAUUCUCCACCCCUCGGAUAUAAAUAGGCACUGGAGCUCCCCCAUGCUCUCCGUCUAACCACCCUUUCCUUCCCACACAAUCAACAUGGUCGAUGUCCCAUACACCAACCUCGGAAAAUCUGGCUUGAAGAUCUCGCGUCUUAUCUGCGGCUGCAUGGCCUUCGGCGACAAGUCCUGGGCCGACUGGAUCAUUGACGAUGAGGAGAAGGUGUUUGCCAUCUUGAACAAGUGCUACGAAGUGGGGAUCCGCACGUUUGACACCGCCGACAGCUACUCCAAUGGGCACUCGGAGGAAAUGUUGGGGAAGUGGAUCAAGAAGUACGACAUCCCCAGAGAUCGAAUCGUGAUCUUGACCAAGUGUUUCCACCCAGUCGACCCUGUUACUCAGGGGUUUAACUUGUCCACCCGUGACAGCUUCCCAAAGGUGAACUACCACAACGCCCAAGGUUUGUCCCGCAAGCACAUUUUCGACGCUGUGGAAGGCUCCGUAGGCAGAUUAGGGACGUACAUUGACGUCUUGCAGGUGCACCGUUUAGACAAAGAGACCCCGGCUGAGGAAGUUAUGAAGGCAUUGCACGACAUCAUUCGGUUGGGCUACACUAGAUACAUCGGUGCAUCUACCAUGAAAGCUACUGAGUUUGUGGAGUUACAGUACGUGGCAGAAACCCGCGGCUGGACCAAGUUUGUUUCCAUGCAGAACUACCUCAACUUGCUCUAUCGUGAGGAGGAGAGAGAGAUGAUUCCGUACUGCAAGAAGAGCGGGAUCGGCCUCAUUCCGUGGUCCCCCAACGCCAGGGGCAUAUUGACCCGCCCCGCUGCCGAAUCUUCGGAUAGAAAGGAGUCGGAUAAGUUGUUGAAACCUUUGAGUUUGAAUACGUUAACAGCCGCUGACCACGAAAUCUUAAAGAGGGUAGAGGGAGUUGCAACCAAGAAAAAAGUCUCUAUGGCCGCUGUCUCCACCGCCUGGGUUCUCGCCCAGGGCGCCUCUCCGAUUGUGGGGAUCACGUCUGUGGAGAGAGUCGACGACUUGUUGACAGCGUUCGACGUUGUCUUUACCGAAGAAGAGCUUACCUAUUUGGGCGAGCCGUAUCAGCCAAGACGGCCGUACUAAUGGGAGGAAUCGGUGUACAUGGGCGGCAGGGAAUGUAGAUUCUAGGGGCAGAUUGAGGCUAUCUUUUUCAUCUAGAAUCCCGUAAGGCAUACAUUCCAGUCGGUAAACAAUGGUGGUCCUAAGAUGCAGCAUAAGGUUGUAAUACCACAAGGUGUUAUUAGAUCUAAUGUACCAACAGCCAAAAGGUUGUCAUUUACAGCUAAAAAAAAAGAAAAAGCUCGCAACCUACUUAUUUACAAUACCAUUAGAUCAAGU